AACAUCCCAGUGAUAUCGGAGUUGGAUGUCCUUGUUUCCAUAUUUCCAUAUGAGGAAGUCAACAAUUUGACGCAUUACUACCAGAUGUUGGGCUUUGAUGAAUGUGUUAAAUUGUUUGUAGAAUUAGGGACUUACGUGGACUGGUCAGCAUCGGUCACCGAGGGAGCUUUUGUGGAGGAACUAGCUGCAGCAGAGAUGAGCGCUACUUGUCCUCAUGCGCCUCCUCCUAGAACUGAUUGGCAAAGGAUAGCUGAACAGGAGGGCAUGAAUGAUAGAAAAGCUGAAAUGUCUCCAACACAGACAGAGCCACCACGAUCUACAACACCAUCACAAGCCGACUCUAUUCAUGUUACAUUGGGUGUGGACAUACUGCAGAAAAUGAGCGUCGUUUUUGGAAACGGGGCAGUGGUUGAGGAAGAAUGCAGCGUAAGUGUACCUUUGUGGCUUUUGGAGCAGUUGUAUCUGGUAUGGCAGGGAGAUGGCUAUCAAAUGCAGCAUGAACAUGACGCAAAGCUGGCAUCAAUUUUACAAGAGCAGGAAGAAGAAGAACAAGGCUUCACUUCUGUUAAGAAGCAAAUGACGGUUGCACAAAAGUUGAAUCUUAACGAACUGAUUAGAGAAUUUCCCUGCGAUCCAGACUCUGUACGAAGGAUCUUUGAGGACAACAAGCAAGUUUUGGAUGAUACUUUAAAUUUUGGACGUUGCUGUAUCAUACUCUAA